CCUAGCCAUCAAAAUGAAGCUGCAGCAAUCUUUUAUCCCUCUCUUCUCAGUCAUCUCCCUUGUCUGUCUUCCUUCCCUCAUCUCAUCCCAAACUUGCCAAAAGACCUGCGGGGAGCAACCCCUCAGAUACCCAUUUGGCAGUGGUCCUGGCUGCGGCGACCCUCGAUUCCAACCUUAUGUUACUUGCAACCAGCAAAAACUCACCUUAACCACCCACAGUGGCUGCUACCCCAUCACCUCCAUAGAUUACAGUAACCAGGUCAUCUACAUCUCUGAUCCCUCCAUGUCAACCUGCUCUUGCUCACAACCAAGCAAAGGCUUCAGCCUAGACUGGAAUGCCCCCUUCACUUUCCAUGACAGUGAUGUCUUUGCUCUACUUGACUGCUCAACCACUUCAUCACCGCUUUACAAGUCAAACAGCUCCACAGCCCCUCUCUGUGAUCCUGAGGGCAUACCCAUUUGCAGCCUCCUUUACUCUUGCAAUGCAAUUAGCACACUCAAUCUCCCUAUCUCGACUUGUUGUGUAUACACGCCAGUGGAUCUUGGACCAUCGUUCCAAAUGGAUUUGCAGAAGCUGCACUGCACUUCUUAUUCCGGGUUUUACAGCCACCAGGAAACCAACCCAGAGAAAUGGAGAUACGGAGUGGCACUGAAGUACAAGUUCAAUGUUGAUGACAAUUAUCCAAGCUUGUGUGCCAGUUGCCAAACCAGCGAUGGGGUUUGUGGGUACACUGGAGCUUACAAUUCAUUUGUUUGCAACUGUCCUGGAGCAGUAAACACCACUACAGUUUGUUUGUUCGAGUCAUACUGGAACAAUGCUUCAAGACUUCUCCCACCGCAGACUGGGACAUGGCUGAUCCGUUCCAUGGUGGCAUGGCUUCUGGUUUGCUUCUUCUUGUAGUUUGCGAAGAUCAAUGGGAUGUCAAGCUUAGGAAAUUGCCAAGAAAAACCAAUAAUCGCUCUACCGUACGUUCUAAAGAUGAGGGGGGUGGAACCGUGGAGCAAUCUUCUAUUGCCUUUUUUCUGCUGCAUACACUUUAAUUGAAGUGCGCAGAAUCAUUUUUGAUUUAAGCAUGGAAUGAGGCUGCAAGCACAGUUUUAUUUAUUUAUUUAUUCGUUUU